AUGGAAGCACUGAGGGAGUCCUUUCUGCAUUUGACUUUUCAGAUGUCUACAUAUAAAAGAGCCACCCUGGAUGAGGAGGACCUGGUGGACUCUACCAGCGAUGACAUCUACCCAUCAUCACCCAUGCAGAUCACUCUGCGGCAUGGCCAUGGCCCAACAUGUUGGGCUGAGAGGACACAGAGAGAGAGGAGACUGCUGCUUUUAACAUGUGCCCUGUCUGUUGGUUUAUUCAUAUCUCUCAUCACAGCUGGGAUCUUCUAUAAACAGACUCACCCUGGUUUGUGCCUAACGGAGCCAUGCAUUACUGUGGCCAGUGCGGUCAUGGGGGCCCUGGACCGUUCCGUAGACCCCUGCCAUGACUUCUACAACUUUGCAUGUGGGGGCUGGGUGAAGAACAACCCGCUGCCUGAGGGAAAAUCACGCUGGGGUCCUUUUAGCAAUCUCUGGGAGCACAACAUGCUGGUGAUGAAGCAUCUAUUAGAAAACACAACGAUGAAGGGUCUGAGUAAAGCCGAGGAAAAGGCUCAGCGAUAUUACCAGGCCUGCAUGAGCGAGGCCAAGAUCGAGGCAUUAGGGGCUCAGCCACUACAAGAGCUCAUCAAUCAGACAGGAGGAUGGGCCCUCAAUGGCCCCUGGGACAAGGACAACUUCCAGGAGGUUUUGCGUGCAGUGUCGGCCAACUUUCGCACCUCACCGUUCUUCACUGUGUUUGUCAGCACUGACUCCAAAAACUCCAACAGUAACAUUAUCCAGGUUGAUCAGUCCAGCCUGGGACUACCCUCGCGGGAUUACUACCUCAACAAAACAGCAAACCAAAAGUAUCUGACAGCAUACCUUGACUUCCUGGUGGAAUUGGGGGUCCUUCUGGGGGGCUCGGAGGAGACUUCUCGAUCACUGAUGGAGGAGAUUUUGCAAUUCGAAACUACCCUGGCCAAUAUCACAGUUCCCCAGGAGGAGAGAAGGGACGAGGAGCUCAUCUACCAUAAGAUGCAGGCCAAAGAUCUAACAACUUUGGCUCCUGCAGUGGACUGGAUACCAUAUCUCAAUGAGGUGUUUGCUCCUGUGCCGCUCAAUGAGUCCGAGCCAGUGGUUGUUUACGCCAAGGAAUACCUCCAAAAAGUUUCUGACCUCAUUACUAAUACAAAUAAAAGCCUUCUCAACAACUACAUGAUAAUGAAGGUGGUUAGGAAGAUGGUGUCCGUCUUGGACCAAAGGUUCCAGGAUGCUGAGCAGCGCUUCCUUGAAGUCAUGUACGGAACCAAAAAGAGCUGCACCCCACGCUGGAAGCUGUGCGUCAGUGACACAGACAGCGCCCUUGGCUUUGCUCUCGGGGCACUUUUUGUCAAAGCUACCUUUACCGAGGACAGCAAGACCAUUGCUGAGAAUAUGGUCUCUGAAAUCAAAUGGGCUUUCGAGGACAGUUUGAAGUAUGUGAGCUGGAUGGACUCGGACACCAAAAAAGCUGCAAAAGAAAAGGCAGAUGCAAUAUACAACAUGGUCGGAUAUCCACAGUUCAUCAUGAACACCACAAAGCUUGACAAAGUCUUCAAUGAUUUUGAGGUGGUGUCGGACCUUUACUUCCAAAAUGUCAUGCAAUACUACAACUUCUCAGCCCGAGUGACUGCAGACCAGCUGAGAAAAACUCCCAACAGAAACCAGUGGAGCAUGACUCCUCCGACUGUGAAUGCAUAUUACAAUCCCACCAAGAACGAGAUGGUUUUACCAGCAGGAAUUCUUCAGGCUCCAUUCUAUAGUCGUUCUUGGCCUAAAGCUCUUAAUUUUGGUGGAAUUGGUGUAGUCAUGGGGCAUGAACUAACUCAUGCUUUUGAUGACCAAGGAAGGGAGUAUGACAAGGAUGGGAAUCUGCGUUCCUGGUGGAAGAACUCCUCCGUGGAGGCCUUUAAGAAGCAGACCCAGUGCAUGGUGGAGCAGUACAGUAACUACAGCAUCAACCAAGAGCCUCUGAAUGGGAAACACACAUUGGGAGAGAACAUUGCUGACAAUGGUGGACUCAAGGCUGCUUACAAGGCUUACGUGAACUGGAUUAAAAAGAAUGGUGAGGAGGCCACACUGCCAGCCCUGGGAAUGACCAAUCAUCAGCUGUUUUUUGUUGGAUUUGCCCAGGUAUGGUGCUCUGUCAGGACUCCUGAAAGUUCACAUGAGGGUGUCAUCACAGAUCCUCACAGUCCAUCAAGAUUCAGAGUCAUCGGCACAAUCUCCAAUUCACAUGAAUUCUCAAAGCACUUUGGCUGCAAGGCUGAUGCCCCCAUGAACCCCAAACAUAAGUGUGAGCUUUGGUGAUAAUCUCUCUGAGCAGAAUGCUGUGUAACAUGUGGGGGCUAUAAUAGACCGGAGGGAAAAGGUUUGAGAUGAUGACAAAGUCUCCGCGGCUUGAGGAUGCAAAAUGCUAAACCACUGAAAAUCCACCUGCUUUACCACUUAAUGCUUCUCAGGUUCCUUUUCAGGACAAAUUGUGCCUGCCUUGUGUUGGGGAUGACAUGACCCAGUCUUCCUCUACAAAGACUGAUGGUUUAGCUAACAGUUUCCCCCAACUUAUGAACUUUAAUGAACUUUUUCAGACUUUUUUUUAACACUGGAAACCAAAAGGAAUGGUUGCAAAAAAUGAGGGAGCCACUCUUUUAUCAUUUGUAAACUGCUAGUGAUGGAUUGAUUUUUCAGUUUUGUUUUGGUUUGUUUUUUAACUUUUCACUGUGCUUGGUUCUGCUCCAGUUUAUGUAAUUUAUGUUCACAGAUUUUUAUGUGACGAUGAAUGGGAGGAUCUACCAUUUUGUUUUUUGGGUUUCUUUUAGCUGAAAAGAUAAAAUAUUAAAUAAAAUAUUGAAGAUAAGAAGUAAUUAUGAGAAUUAUCAAAGCCAUGUGGUAUUAUGAACUGGGAGAAAAGUGUUUUUAAUGCUCUGUCUGUCUACAACAACAAAGACUAGAGGAUCCAGGAACCCUUUGGUAUAGAAUGUAAUUGAACAUACUAUUUUGUAGGUUUUAUAAAGGAAUUUGAUGUGAUCCUUGUAUUACAGGAUAAAGACUGGGCCGGUUGCAAAAACAGACCCAAAUAGUAGCAUCACACUGCUGCCAUUUAAUUUCUGUAAUGGAAAUCUGAUAUAAAAUUAUGAAGGAUAUAUUAAGUUAAAUGCAAAACAAAUGCAUCAAACAUGUUUCACGUUACAUUAAUUUCUUUGUCAAGUAAGUUACAAUGUAUCUGUGCCAUAUUUCUUUGUAUGAACAAGAGUUUAUCACAAAUUAUUUUGUAUAGUAAAACCUAUUUUAAAA